GUCCCUGAUUCAAAUAAAAUACGUGAGCUGAGGUCGACAAUGAUUCAAAAUACCAAUUAGAAUUGAUGAUGGCUUCGUCACAUUUAGAAGAGUUAGAGUCCAAGGUUUCCUCUUUAGAAUCAGAUGAUGUUCCUCCCUUUUCACUUCUUGGACUUGGAUUAAAUGGAAAGUCGGUUGCUAUUCCUGUAACUGAAUGCAAUCCUGAAUCACUGCCAUAUACCACCACUUUGCCUUUUGGUUUACCUCCCGUUAUCCAUGACCUGCCGCAGAGGAUAGGUGACUUCCUUAACUGCCCUAAUCAACUACCUGUUCAUGAUGUCAACAAGGGUCAAAGGAAACUGGCAAGGUUAGCUAAUCCAGCUAAUCUGUACUCAGUGAGCCUAAGCACAUUACAGACCACUCUGCAGGUGGAAAGGAAUGCAACAACAGGGCAACUACUUGGCUACAAAGAAGUUUUCAUAGGUGAUACUUGUGGGACAGCAAAGAACAGCCUCUCCCUGACUCGUCAGCCUGGUCCUCUCUCAGAAGCAAUCCAAGGCAGUACCACCAACUUCCCCUUCAUGCCGGGAGGUCUCGCUGACGAACCUUUCCUGGAUGACGAUGAUGAUGACACUGCUUUAGGUGUUGAUAAACUCAAGGAGGCCAAUGACAUUGAUGAUCUCUUGACUGUACCACCAGGAUGGGAGGAGGGAAUGAUCUUUGAGGAUCAGAAGAAAAGUGAUAGGGCCAAAGACGAGGAGAGAGGAGUCAGCAAGCUGAUAGAAGUCUCUGGAGAGCUUGGCCUUGAUGACAUCAUGGGGACCGAUGAUCGUUUUGACUUCUUGGAGAAGGAAACAGAAGAGGAUAGAGCGAAGGAGAAAGAAAAAGAGAGACAAAAGGAGACAGCAAAGGAAACCGCAACUGCCAAGGAUGAAGAACUAGAUAAGGUUUUACCUGAAGGAGACAUCAAACAGAAAGUUGAUCAAACGAAAGAACCUUCGGAGGGGAAGUCUUGGGCUGUCAACAUUGAUGUCAGUACACCCGUGGAUGACUUUCACAAGAGAGUUCCUGUUAUGGCUCACCAGUACCCCUUUGAGCUGGACAUAUUCCAAAAGCAAGCUGUUCUCAAACUUGAGAAUCAUCAGAGUGUUUUUGUUGCUGCCCAUACAUCGGCAGGAAAGACUGUGGUAGCUGAGUAUGCCAUCGCACUAUCAAUGAGACAUCUUACAAGAACAGUGUAUACAUCUCCAAUCAAAGCUUUGUCCAAUCAGAAGUUCCGAGAUUUCAGGAAUACUUUUGGUGAUGUGGGUCUCCUGACUGGAGAUGUACAGAUAAAACCUGAAGCUUCAUGCCUUGUAAUGACAACUGAAAUAUUACGAUCUAUGCUGUAUAAUGGUUCGGAUGUUAUAAGAGACCUGGAAUGGGUGAUAUUUGAUGAGGUCCAUUACAUCAAUGAUUCAGAGAGAGGAGUGGUUUGGGAGGAAGUCCUAAUCAUGCUACCAGAGCAUGUUAACAUCAUCUUGUUGAGUGCUACUGUACCAAACACUAUGGAAUUCGCAGACUGGGUUGGGAGAAUCAAGCGAAAACACAUCUACGUUAUCAGUACAUUGAAGAGACCUGUCCCGCUGGAGCAUUUCCUCUAUACAGGAAACAGUAAUAAGACAAGUAAUGAACUAUUUCUUCUUGUGGAUGCUAAGAAAAGUUUCCUACAGCAAGGGUACAAGCAAGCUGUCCAAGCUAAGAAAGACAGAGCAACAAAGAGCAGCACUGGUUUUGGUGCCAAAGGAAUCAGAGAGGGGCAUUUCAAGAGUGACAAAAAUGUCUACAUGUCGGUGGUGGAGAUGCUUCGAAAGAAAGAGCAGCUACCCAUCGUUUGCUUCACAUUCUCGAAGAAACGUUGCAAUGAUAACUCAACUCAGCUGUCCAACCUUGACCUGACGACAAACUCAGAGAAAAGUGAGAUCACCGUGUUUAUCAAGAAGUCUGUUGAUAGGCUCAAAGGGUCUGAUAAGAAGCUUCCACAGGUUGUUCUUCUAACUGAGCUGUUAAAGCGUGGCAUUGCAGUACAUCACUCUGGAAUCCUACCCAUUCUCAAAGAGGUCGUUGAAAUGCUGUUCCAAAAAGGAUUAGUCAAGCUACUCUUUGCCACAGAAACCUUUGCUAUGGGAGUCAACAUGCCAGCCAGGACCGUCCUCUUUGAUUCGAUCAAGAAACAUGAUGGUACUAACCUACGUCAUCUGCAUCCUGGGGAGUACAUCCAGAUGGCUGGUAGGGCGGGGCGUAGAGGUUUAGAUACCACCGGUAUGGUUAUCAUCCUGUGUAAAGGAGAUGUACCAGAAACAUCCGAUCUUCACUACAUGAUGAAGGGUCGUCCAACGAAGCUAGAAUCCCAGUUCCGGCUGACCUACCCCAUGAUUCUCAACCUAUUACGGGUUGAAGAGCUUCGAGUUGAAGACAUGAUGAAGAGGAGUUUCUCAGAGUUUUCAACCAGAAAGGAUGCAGAUAAGCACAGGAAGCACAUCAAAGACCUACAACAGAAAGACAAACAGAUUCGUGACAUAGAUUGCUACAUGUGCUCUGAUCUGGAAUCCUACUACCGUACUUGUAAAGAACUUCAUCAACUCAGAGAAGAAACUCAGAAAGUUGUCCUGUCCCACCCGUCUGGUGUGAAGUCUCUGGCACCAGGUCGUAUCAUCAUCAUUAGGAACAAACGUUACAAGAAGAACACCCUUGGAGUUGUUCUAAGCUCUUCAGGUACAUCAAAUGACAGGAAAGUCAAGACACUCAUUCUCUGCAAUCCUUCGGACAAUGACGAAUCCAUUACCAAUGAAACAGAGCAUCACAUGUCGCCGAUAUUGAAGCACUCGUUUUGGAGACCUGAGGGGGAACCAAGUCAUACAGUGAAAGACUUAUUAGCAGAUGAUAUACUGAGCAUCACUACUAAAGACAAAAUGAAGCUAGAUGCAAACAAGAUUGUAGAGAAUUUUAACAAGAGGCAGAUUCCAAGAUUCAGGAAUGAUCCCCCAGGGCAGUCAGCUGUCUUAGCCACCCAGGAACUUCUUCGACUGAUUGAGACAUAUCCAGAUGGUCUGGAUACACUUGACCCGGUCAGGGAUCUGAAUAUAAGGGACAUUGAUCUUGUUGACAAGUUUACCACCAGAGACUAUGUAGAGAAAACUGUGGAUAAAUUUAAUUGUACGCUUUGCUUCAACUUCCAGCAGCAUUAUGCUGACAUGUGCUAUAGGAUGAAAGUGAAGGAAGACCUGAAGCACUACCGAUAUCUUCUAUCAGAUAGAAGUCUUCUACUCCUUCCUGAAUACUAUCAGAGAAUACAGGUCUUGAUGGAGCUGAAUCACAUUGACAAGUCUAAAACCAUCCAACUAAAAGGCCGAGUAGCCUGUGAAAUUAGCAACCAUGAACUACUCAUCACUGAGCUUGUCUUUCAAAACAUCCUUUCGCUGUACCCACCAGAUGAGAUUGCUGCAUUGCUAUCUUGUAUGGUCUUUCAGGAGAGGAGGUGCAGCGAACCAGAGCUGACAGAGAGUCUGGAAAAUGGUGUGAAGAGGAUCAAGGAAGAAGCUCUUAGGAUAGGGGUGUUGCAACAUAGCUGUGGAGUACAGAUGCCUGCAGAAGAUUUUGUUGAACAGUAUCGCUUUGGACUCACUGAGGUGGUCUAUCAGUGGGCUCAAGGCUUGGAAUUUUCAGAGAUCACUAGCCUGACAGAUGUUACUGAAGGGAUCAUUGUUAGGACUAUCCAAAGAUUAGAUGAAGUCUGUCGUGAUGUGAGGAAUGCUGCUAGAAUCGUUGGUGAUCCUAUCCUCUUCAGUAAGAUGGAGGAAGCGUCUCAACUUAUUAAGAGAGACAUUGUCUUUACUGCAAGUUUGUAUACACAGUGACCAACAGAGCGUUAAAGCGGUGAAUCUAUCCUUUUCAGUAAGAUGGAGGAGACAUCGCAACUCAAUAAGAGAGACAUUAUUUUUUCUGCAAGGUUCAUUUCACAUGAUUUUGGCUUAGACUUUGAGAUAAAAAUGGUUUUUAGUAUUAUGCUUAAAGUUGGCUUGGUAAAGUAAAAUACUAAGAAAAAUCUUAAUACGAGUAUAAGCAUUUGGUUAGGCAAGUUAAGUGCUAAGUAAUUUAUUUACAUGUAGUAUAUCAGUACACUGAAUUGAAUACUGACCCAGGACUUACUCCUGCAAAAAAAUUAAGAUAUUUUGAGGUAGUCCAGUGUCUGGUUUCAUAAAACUUUCUAUGGUACCAAUUGCUUCCAUGUAAACUAAGAUCUAGUGUAAGAAAUUGAAUGAAGUGAAAUAUUCUAGCAUACUAUACACAUCUUGAUUCUGUUUUUGUUACUUAUUAGACUGAAUGGCUAUUUGGCUGUCUAUGUAGGGUUUGUGCCCUUGUUUGCUAGAGCUCCUGUGAGUAGUGAGCUGACCGGGCUUGUCCCUUAAAUUUUUGGUGAACGGAGCAGCACAUAGGAGGGCACCAACCUGUUGUAGCUUGUUUACAAGAGAACUCUUGCUGAGCUAGCGCCAUGAGCAUCUUUGGACGGUGUGUGCACUCUACAAAUCUAAAUUAUAUAUAUGUAUUUUUUCUCUCUUAGCCAAUCAAAUAUUAAGAAUGCCAGUUACUUUCCAUUAUUGAUAAGUAUAAUUAAGCAAUAUAGUGUUUGGAAAACACUCUAGAAUAUUUGUUUUGUUGAGUACUGUGAUAUUUGUUAUGGAUAAAAAAGAUCUUUAGAAUAUUUACCAUGAACUAGAGUAAGAUAAUCUGUUCAAAUAUUCAAAUUGUUAUAGUUUGUAUAAUUUGUAAAAAGAAAUGUGCGUAACUUUAGGACCCCCCAUCAAUAAAUACAUUCUUACACAGAUGUUAGGGAACAUUUCUGCCAAACAGUUUUCUCAUGACGAAUUAUGUCGCUAAAAAAGUUCGGGUAUUUUGAAAGGGGGAAGAGAGUUACUUUUUUGUUAUGUUUGACAUCUUUUAAUGACAAUAUUGGAAGCCAAAACAACUAUUUAUUAUUUGAAAGCUGUGAAUGAUUAGAAUACAGCAAUACCAGGUAGGUAUAAAACACCUGAAUAUGAUACUCUUGAUAAUGGGCGUUAUAUCGUUUCUAAAUGGCAUGAAUUAUAUGACAUCCUAUGUGGUCCCAAUUCAGAUUACCUGCAUAGUUAUGUAGACAAAAUCAAUAUUUUUUUUCUCCAAAUUAUGAAUUGGAAAUGUUUAAAGGAGAAUGAAACCCUUGAAACUAGCCGAAUCCAUAUUAAAGAGAAAAAUCAAAGAAACAUAUUGUUGAAAGUUUGAGGAAGAUUGAAUGAAUAAUAAGAAAGUUAUGAGCAUUUGAAUAUUGAGAUCACUAGUGCCAUGUAGAUCCUCCCAUCGGCAAUGCGACCAAGAUCUGUGAUAUCACACACGUACAACUCCCUCAUUACUUUAGUACUUAUUUCACUUAUAUUCUCACUUUUAUAGAGUCUAUCACAAGGUUAGGUGUUUUCUUUAUGAGAUGACAAGUACAGAGGUUUCACAACAUUAUAUCAUUGAUGAAUCGUUUGUCAUAUGAUUAGAAUGAGCAAAAAGAGAUGUUUUGGGGUAUAUUUUCAGUGUCCGAAUGGGAGAGUUGUACGUGUGUGACAUCACAGAUCUUGGUCGCAUUGCCAAUGGGAGGAUCUCCAUAGCAUUAGUGAUCUCGACAUUCAAAUGCUCAUAACUCUUUUAUUGCUAGUCCUAUUUUACUCAAAGUUUUGUUGAUCUUAUUCUUUGAUUUUUCUGCUUUCAUAAAAGCUUACUUGCUCCAAGAGUUUCAUUCUCCUUUAAGAACCAUACGCACAGAAAGCUCUCGAACUUAUUUUUUGCCAUUUUCUAUUUGCUGCUUAUUUGUUGCUGCUUUUCAUCAUUAUCUGCAUUGAGUUUGUAGUUUAAGACCUUUACCGCACAUAGCAGUUGUGACCAAAUAAGCAAAAAGAGAAGAAAAUAUCACCACAAAAGAUUUGGUUCAAAGCUGUUGGUUAACGUUUAUGGACUAAAUAAUUCAAAACACGUUCUCUUGCAAAUUGAAUUUUAAUCUGGAUUAAAAGAAAAUAAUAUAACUUUUCUACAUCACAACUCCAUCCACAUAAGAUGACGUCAGAGAAUCUUUACAGGUGAAAAGCAUAAUGAUACCCAUUUUUGUGAUUUUGAAUUGGAACAUUCUCAAAGAAAUAUCCAUCUGGUAAGCUGUAAAAUUGCAUGAAACUGGAUUUGUUGUAUUUUGUAGAUUAUUAGCGAUAUAUUUUUGGCCUUAGAAUAUAUUAUUACAUGUUAAGAUGACAUAAAAAAAUAAGAAAACAAAAAUGCAGGUGUAUUUCUGUGGUCAUUACGCUAAUCAAGAUGAUAUAUUUUUAUAUUAAAGAUACAUUGUCAUUUAUCUUAAGAAGAUCAUGAAUUACCUUGAAAUAAAUUUCAAGCCUGUG